GCCGCGCUCGGGUGUCCCGGGCCGCGCCCUGCCGCCUCCCCCGCGGCUGCCGCCACCUCUGCGACCCCCUCACCUGGCCGUGCCCCGCGGCGGGAGGGGGCGGCUUAACGAGCCGCACUUGUGCCCCGCAUGGCGGCCAGCUGGGCCGGGGGGCCGGGGGUGCCCCGCGGCAGCUGACCGCGGUUAGCCGGGGGCGAGCCAGAAAGGGGCGAGGGUGGCACUGCCUGUCCCGCCCUCAGCGAGUGCCGCUUCCUCCCCGGUGCCUGGGCCCGGGCGCCGUGCCGCGCCGCCGAUGGAGCUGGAGGCGCAGUGGUGGACAGGACAGCUGGCGGCCGACAUCCACCAAGCCCUUCGAUACAAGGAGCUAAAGCUGCCCUCUUACAAAGGCCAGUCUCCCCAGUUACACCUGAGAAGAUACUUUGCAGACCUGAUUGCCAUUGUGAGUAACCGGUUCAGGCUCUGUCCUGCUGCGCGCCACCUGGCUGUGUACCUGCUGGACCUCUUCAUGGACCGCUAUGACAUAUCCACACAGCAGCUGCACGUGGUUGCUCUGUCCUGUUUACUUCUAGCAAGUAAAUUUGAAGAAAAGGAAGACAGUGUUCCCAAACUUGAACAGUUGAACAGCUUGGGUUGUAUGACUAACAUGAAUUUGGUACUAACAAAACAGAAUUUGCUUCAUAUGGAGUUGUUGUUGCUAGAAACAUUUCAGUGGAAUUUGUGCCUCCCAACUGCUGCUCAUUUCAUCGACUAUUAUCUUUCUAUUGCUGUCCAUGAGACUGAUCUUCAUGAUGGCUGGCCAAUGGUUUGCUUAGAGAAGACUAAGUUAUAUAUGGCAAAAUAUGCUGAUUACUUUCUGGAAGUAUCAUUGCAAGAUCAUGAAUUUUUAAAUUAUGCCCCUUCUUUAGUUGCUACUGCAUGUGUAGCUUCUUCAAGGAUUAUCCUGCGUCUCUCACCCACGUGGCCCACACGGCUGCAUCACCUGACUGCCUACUCCUGGGACUUCCUGGUGCCAUGUAUUGAGCGACUCUUAAUUGCGCAUGAUAAUGACGUGAAGGAAGCAAACAAGCAGAAAGGACAACAGGCUCAGUCUACCCAGCACUCUGUGUUUCAGCCCCUAGCUCCAAGUGCCCAGCAGGCCAAUGUUCAGCAGCAUGUACCACAGUACCUGCAGGCUCAUCAGUCCUCGAUGCAGUACCACCACCCAGCAUCACAGCAGCAAAGCUGCCAGCAGAUACUGUCAUCCACUCACACAGCCUCUUACCCGCUCCAGACUUGCCCUGCUGCCUUACAGACCAGUGCUCAGGCUCGAGGCCACGUCCAGACGGGCACUGCCAUGUCGCUGGCUGUGCCACUGGAAGUGAAGCCAUGUAUAAGUGUCUCCUACAACAGGACAUAUCAAGUGAAUGGACGAUAUUCCUGUAUUACUCCCUGCUUUGAGAGGUGAUAAGUACAAAAUGUUUUUGUGCUUGUUUGUUUGGGGCAGAGAGUUGUGUGGAAAAUGGUUUCAUUUUUUUUUUUAAACCUCAAAGCUGGAAGGCAAAAAAUUGAAUGAAAAAAGGUGUCUUCCCAGGAAAGAAAGCAACUGGAUUGGCAACCAGUACCACAGCUCAAGUAACAGCCUGCAAAAAGUUAGCACACAGACCAUCCUCUGAAAAAGAAUCUGUAUGCUUGGGGAUAAUGUGUUCUUACUCUGACACUCAGAAUAUUCUGCUUCUGAUGUGUGUCUGUGAAAUACUACUCAAAAGAAAAACAGCUGUGGACUAACUACAGACUUAUCUUUUAAUGAAGGAGAUAUGCAGUAUUAUUUUGAAGACAUUUAUGUCAUCCCACCGUACAGUAUUAACACUUACUUUAUACUUACUGAAACUUAAGAUUCCACUGAAUGCCGGACUUCUACAGGUACAUGGAGAUCACAGGAAGAAACAAAUCUCAUGUGGCUAAUUCUGUAAUCUUGCCCCUUUUUCACCACUUGUGUUGGUUAUUUGCUUUAAGCUAAUGCACGUGAAUUAACUGGUAUUUUGGCUAGUUUUUUUAAGUUUUGUACCUUACAGGACAGACACUAUAUUUUUGCCUCUUUUUUCCUCACUAUCUUUUUUGUGUUUAAAGUAAUUCUUUCAUACUAACUCAGGGACUUUUCUACUCAUUACUCUGUGCUGCUGGUUUGUACACUAAUUGGGUUUAACUUGGGGAAGGAAGGCAGAGGGGGAAGAGACUAUAGCAAGUGGAGUGGCUUUUCUUCAGGGCACCUAUGCAGAGUACCAAAGGGAUAUGUUAGUGUUCACAGAAUGUAGAUGUGAACUACUGCCCAGCAGUGUGAUAAUUGAAGAAAAGAGAGUUUCAACUGAACUUGUACUGUACCAGAACUACUAUAGUGGCUGUGAUUCCUCUUUGUACACACACACAAACACAUGAAUACUAUUAACCAACAGAAAGUGUCCUCCAGUUGUACUGACAGUAUCAUCCCUACAGAAAAAGUACACUUAAGUGCUGACAGAAAUCAGUUCUGUCAUGUUUAUAGUGGAGGGAAAUUCUCAGGUAAUAAAGGGGCAACUUCUUCUUCUACUAUUUGGGAGUUCCAGAAGAUGUAGAGAUUUGCUCUUCCAAGUGGGUGGAUCAAAAAUAUUUUGCAGAGUGAACUCCUUCACCACAAGUAAGGUGCUAAUAAUAUAACUUUAUGGAAUUACACUAUCUCCUGUGGAGUGGAUAGUCUGAGGGUAGAAAGCUUCACUCAUCCACCUCUUGGAUGAAAAUUAUGGUAGAGAUUAAUGGAGAUGGUUUUUGGGGUCCUUUGUGUGUUUGUUGGGUGUUUUGUUUGGGUUUGGUUUUUUUUUUUGGGUUUUUUUUUU